AUGCCUUCCAUCCGCGCCAACAUGCCCACCGUCAUCCACGUAAAGCCCUCCACCUCCAAGAAGGAGCGAAUGGUCGGCUUCCACAAGGAUCCCGUCGCCUCUGUCUCGCGUCCAGUCAACACCUCAGAGAGCUGGCCUGCCUAUCACUUUGAGAUGCACGCUCGCAAGUGCGCCUACUGCCACAACCCCUAUGAGGUCCACCGCAACCACGAACAGCUCUGCGAUAUUGGCCAUCGCCUAGCCCAAGAAGUCACUCGCUUCAUCUACAACAAGUCGGAUGGAGAGACCUACUCCACCGUCGAGGAGGACAACAAGCCCGUCCGCGUUGAGAUUCCGGCCGGCUACGUCGAAGUCAACGGCCUUUUGAAGGCCAUCGAGCGCAGCCUACGUCACAGGUCACGCCAACCCUUCGUCUCCAUGGACCGCAGCUACUACGUUGCUCCUCGCAAAUCUCCCUCUCUCCCUCAGCGAUCUCACUCUGUCAAGGUGGAGCAAGAGCCAAAAGCCAGGACCAAGGUCUCAAGACCGCGAUCUGGCGAGAUUGUGGACUGGCCGGAGACCAAGCCGAAGCGAGUACUUGCGGAGAUCAGCAACACUCCCAACUCUAAGCGUGGCUCUCUGUACGAAGAGGAUCUGGCCAAGCAGCGACGCAACGCAAAGCACUACGCUGUCGAGGUCCGCGAGCCAACAAGCCGCGACCUACGCGAACACCGCCUUUCCGGCUACUAUCGAUGA